AUGGCCAAGUUCGUCCUCGCAGGUAGGGCAGAUUGCCCCUACUAUGCUAAGGCUGAACUCCUAGCUGACUAUUUGCAGAAAAAUUUGCCUAACUUCCGGAUACAUAAGAUCACUCAGCAUCCGGACAACUGGGAGAAAUGGCUUCAGGAGAUCUGUGGAAAAAAUGGAUGGAAGCACAAGCGCUCCCCCAUUAUUUGGAGAGAAUUGUUGGACCGUGGAGGGAAAGGUCUUCUUCUGGGAGGAUUUAAUGAGUUCCUAGAACAUGCUCAGCAUUACUAUAGCAUCACGUCAGACAUGAUGACCGCAGAGAUGCGUCAAAUUGCUGAAGAGAACUUGCGGACUCACAUAGAAGUUGAGCAAGAGGAGGAAGAACUCAAGAGCCUUAUCAGCCCCUUACACAUCUGGAUCAACAGAGCAGCUGGUCAUAUCUGCUACCACCUGAUCCCUUUGUUGGCCAACGGAGAAAUAUUCGGGGCAGAAACCGAAGUCAGCCUGCAUUUGCUGGACAGAAGCAACUGCGAAGGAGUUCUACGGGGCAUCGUAAUGGAGACGGAAGACAUGGCGUUCCCUCUUCUUCGCAGUGUCUCUCCACACACCAAACUGGAGGGGGCUUUUCUUCAAGCUGACGUCAUCAUUUUGCUUGAUGACAUCCUGCAGGAGACCAUCCCAACGCUCGAAAACUGCAUCCGACAAGUGACCGGCCAGUGUAAAGUCUAUGGUCCUCUGAUUGAUGAGAACGCCAAAAGUGACGUCAAAAUAGUCGUGAUGGGGAGGACCUUUUCCAACCUUAAAGCAUUACUGCUGAUGAUGAAUGCCCCGUCUAUUAACCCUCGAAACAUUGUCACGCUAGCUAUGCUAGAAUGCGAAGCCAAGUCCAUGUUGGCAAGAAAGCUGAAGAUGCAUUCAAAAGGGAUAAAAAAUCUCAUCGUCUGGGGUAACGCCAGCGGGAGUAGCUUCAUUGAUCUCAAUCACACGGAGCUCUAUGGAUACGACGGUGCCAUCUGGGGCCCACCAAGCUUUUUCCGUUCCUUGUUGGAUGUUCUGUUUGAUCGCAAAUGGAUGCGCUCUGAAUUUGUGGCUUCGCUGGGCUCACUGAGUUCUUGGGGGCACCACUGCUUGGGCCUGGCACCAGCACACGUCAUUGCAACGGUGCUGAGAUACUGGUAUCAAGACUCUCCCCCAAAGGAGAUGGUCUCUCUAGGAGUCAUCAGUGAAGGCCAGUUUGGGCUCCCUGAAGGGAUUGUCUUUUCCAUGCCUGUGAGGUUCCAGAAUGGUAGAUGGGAGGCCCUUACAAAACUAGAAAUUGACAAGAAAAAUCAAGAAUAUCUUCAGAUCUUAGCCUGUGAUCUGAUUCGGGAAAAGGAAGUUGCAUUAGGUGAAGCAGUUGAACUAUAUCCCCGCAGACGAGUGCCUGAAGGGUUACCUGAGGAGUUAAAAGAGUCAAAGAGCCCGGAAGAAGAAAAUAUCGAAGAAUCCACAGAUGUUCCUGAAGUUUCGUCUUACCACGAAAUCAAUGUGAACAGUCUAGAAUGA